CAACAAACUUUAUUGGCACCCACGGUGUGCAGAGUGGUUGCCAUGGCGGACCCGGCGGUUCAGGCUUCCUCGCAGCCACGGUUUCAGGUGCCACCGUCCGGUAAUGUAGCCGGGUCGACCCCAAAUUGCAGCUCGGGACCCGGGUCCGGAAGUGGGACGGGGAGCAGCGACCCUGCCAGGCCUGGUCUCAGCCAACAACAACGUGCGAGCCAGAAGAAAGCGCAAGUCCGAGCCUUCCCGCGAGCCAAGAAGCUGGAGAAGCUGGGGGUGUUCUCUGCUUGCAAGGCCAAUGACUCCUGCAAAUGCAACGGCUGGAAGAACCCAAACCCUCCCACUGCCCCCCGAAUGGAGCUGCAGCAGCAGGCAGCUAGCCUGUCGGAGCCGUGCCGGAGCUGUGGCCAUGCCCUGGCGGACCAUGUUUCUCACCUGGGCAAUGUCUCUGAAGAUGAGAUCAACCGGCUCCUGGGAAUGGUGGUGGAUGUGGAGAACCUCUUCAUGUCCGUCCACAAGGAGGAAGAUACGGACACCAAGCAGGUCUACUUUUACCUUUUCAAGCUGCUAAGAAAAUGCAUCCUGCAGAUGAGCCGGCCCAUUGUGGAGGGAUCCCUCGGCAGCCCUCCAUUUGAGAAGCCAAACAUAGAACAGGGUGUUUUAAACUUCGUCCAGUACAAAUUCAGCCACCUCCCUCCAAAAGAACGGCAGACGAUGUAUGAGCUGUCCAAAAUGUUCCUGUUGUGCCUCAAUUACUGGAAGCUAGAGACGCCAUCACAGUUCAGGCAACGUGCGCAGAAUGACGAUGUGGCUGUCUAUAAAGUGAACUACACCAGAUGGUUGUGCUACUGCCACGUUCCUCAGAGCUGCGACAGCCUCCCCCGCUACGAGACCACCCAGGUCUUUGGUCGAAGCCUCCUCAAGUCCAUCUUCACUGUUACACGUCGGCAGCUCCUGGAAAAGUUCAGGGUGGAGAAGGACAAGCUGGUCCCAGAAAAGCGCACCCUUAUCCUCACGCACUUCCCCAAGUUUCUGUCCAUGCUGGAGGAGGAGAUUUAUGGAGAAAACUCUCCAAUCUGGGAGUCCGAUUUCACAGUGCCGGCUACUGAGGGCACUCCGCUUGUUCCUCAACCAGCCGUCAGUUGUCCAGCGGCCUCUCCCAAUGCCCCGGCCUUCACCAAAACUCCUGGCAGCAGCUCCUCCUUGACCCCAAACAUAUUAGAAACUGGUUCUUCAGAUCCCAUGCCUGGUGAAAAAAGAAAAUUGCAGGAAUCUUUGACCCUGGAGGAUGCCAAAAGAAUUCGUGUACUCGGAGAUAUCCCAAUGGAGUUGGUGGACGAAGUCUUAAUGACCAUUACUGACCCUGCUGCAAUGUUGGGUCCAGAGACAAGCUUGCUAUCUGCAAAUGCUGCACGGGAUGAAACUGCCAGACUAGAAGAACGAAGAGGCAUCAUUGAAUUUCAUGUCAUUGGGAACUCUCUGUCUCAGAAGUCGAACAAAAAGAUCUUGAUGUGGCUUGUCGGCCUGCAGAACGUCUUCUCGCACCAACUUCCCAGAAUGCCCAAGGAGUACAUCACCAGGCUGGUUUUUGACCCGAAGCACAAGACAUUGGCUCUGAUUAAAGAUGGCCGGGUGAUUGGCGGGAUAUGCUUCCGGAUGUUUCCUUCACAGGGCUUUACCGAGAUAGUCUUCUGUGCAGUAACUUCAAACGAACAGGUCAAGGGCUAUGGCACACAUCUCAUGAACCAUUUGAAGGAGUACCACAUCAAGCACAACAUUCUGUACUUUCUUACCUAUGCAGAUGAGUAUGCCAUUGGGUACUUCAAGAAGCAGGGCUUUUCUAAAGACAUCAAAGUCCCCAAAAGUCGCUACUUGGGUUAUAUUAAGGAUUACGAAGGGGCCACACUCAUGGAAUGUGAGCUGAACCCCAGGAUACCCUACACUGAGCUAUCGCACAUCAUCAAGAAGCAGAAGGAGAUCAUCAAAAAGCUUAUCGAGAGGAAGCAAAGUCAGAUUCGAAAGGUGUACCCGGGAUUGACGUGCUUCAAGGAAGGUGUGCGGCAGAUUCCCGUGGAGAGCAUACCUGGCAUAAGAGAAACCGGAUGGAAACUCAGCGGAAAGGAGAAGGGAAAAGAGCUAAAGGACCCCGAGAUGCUGUACAACACUCUGAAGAACCUGCUGGCACAGAUUAAGACUCAUCCCAGCGCUUGGCCAUUUAUGGAACCCGUUAAGAAGGCUGAAGCUCCUGAUUAUUAUGAAAUAAUCCGCUUCCCCAUUGAUCUGAAGACGAUGACGGAGCGCUUAAAAAACCGAUACUACGUGACCAAGAAGCUGUUCAUCGCCGACCUGCAGCGCAUCAUUACCAACUGCCGCGAGUACAACCCCCCCGACAGCGACUACUGCAAGUGCGCCAACACCUUGGAGAAGUUCUUCUACUUCAAGCUGAAGGAAAGCGGGCUUAUCGACAAGUGAGGGCACCUCGAAGAGGGUCGAAAGGGAAAUGUGAGGUGGCCGUGGAGCCGGAGCUUCUGUCCUCUGCUGCCAGGUUCUUCGUCAGUCUGGAGGGGCCGUGAUGGACACUCAGUUUGACUUCUUUUGUGUUUUUUUUUAUAACUAUUUUUGUAAAGUAUACACCUUUCUCCGUUUGUUAAUGUCAAGCUGUGGUAUUCCUUGUGCCAAAGUAGGCCAGCUGUGUCCAGUCUGUGUUGGCGCCCCCGAUGAAGACUGAAGACAGCCAAAGGGGGUUACUUAAUGACGAAUGGCGCGUGGCACCCCUUUGUCAAACUUGUAUUGUGCCCAGAGCCUUGCCAAGUUCAUUGUCUGACUGCACCUUUUAUUUCUGACUCUGUGACACGCUGGGGCCAUCGAGACGAGCAAGUGAUGACCCGCCAACUGCCAGUGUUCAAGUGGGCACCAUUUCCUGUGUCCGAUAGGGUUUACAUGGUGUGCCACUUUUAGUUUUAUUUAGGUUUUAAUAUUUUUUUUUCCCCUGAUUGUCACAACAUGGUGAUCAACGUCAUGCUGGGUGGCAGAUUUGUGUCAGUGAUGUGCCCAUAGCCUUCCAUCCCUGAUGCCUUCUCUUUUUAAAUUUGUAUUUGCUUGUUUUUCCAUGAGGGGCUCACUGUAGCCCCCGUUGUUUCAAUUUGCUCCCAAACCCACACUAUUUUGACAGCAGGCAUUUUGGGGCAUGGAGGAUGUAAAUCCAAAAUGGAGAAGACGCUGAAUGCAGGACCAUGUCAUGCUUUUCUUGUCCCCUGCGUUAUUGUGGGACCAGAAUGAAGGGGUGGGGGGCACGUGGGUGUACCCUUGCCAUCCGUUUUUUUGUUGCUUGAACUUUGACCCAGUGCAGCUGACUGACUUGUCCGUGUUUCUUUGUCUCCGUUUACACGAUUCUCUGUGCACGUGUCACAUGGUGUCAUGGGGGGUACCAUGCAGACAUCUCAGCCCCCUUCAAUAGCAAAUCCAUUGUAGCUGGAUGUUACUAGAAAACCCACCUGGCACACUGAAACACGAAGCUUGACGUCUGACCGUUGCGUGUGUGGCUGUUUUUAUUCCUCACACUUGUACUGAUUUGUGGACUGACUUGACCGUGACAGGAGAGGUGACCCCUGGCACCCAAAAAAGCAGGGCAUGCCAGCCAAACCCACUAAGUAUUUCACAGAGCUGCCUGCCAGUCUGGCAUUUGUGGCAUCUGAGUUUUAUGGUCAGUAAAGUUGUGGCACAGUGUGAGGGGUGGGGGUCUCUGGAGGUUCUGCUCUGUUAUUCCAAACUUUGAUUCCGUUUGAUAAAAGCGGCACCUCGAUGUGGGCGUUUGGUUGUGCAGCCGCCAUCACAUACAGUGUGCAGCAUGUCUGUGUGUGUGUGUGUGUACAGCUGGCAUCGCGUGUUCAUGGCGAGCGAGCAUGUGAGGCUGUUAGAGAAAUGUACAGAGGGGCACCUGCUCUACACCUAACAUCCAUCCUUGGAUAUAAAGGAGGUCAUAAAAAUGGGCAGCAUUACAUUAACUUUAUAAGCCAGUCAUUGCAUACAUAGUACGUGAACGUGGAAAUCAAAGGGUAGUCGUACGGUCCAGGUGUGUGUUAUGUGUACAGUGUGUAUCUACCGGUAUGUGUGUAACAGGAAUUGGUCAUUAUUGACGUGUUUCUAUGUAUUUAAACAUAUGUAUCUCUACAUAGAUCUGUACAUAUAUUUGUGUGUGUGUAUGUAUGUAUGUAUGUGUGUGUGUGUGUGUGUGUGUGUGUAUAUAUAUAUAUAUAUAUAUAUAUAUAUAUACACACACACACACCAUGUGUUUGUGUGAAUGUGUAACGAUCAGUUCCUAUUACACCCAUAGAUACACGUUGUAUUCAUAACACACACAUGGACUGUACGACUAACCGUUGGUGCCCGUUGAUAUGCUGUAUAUAUAGAGCUUCUGUAUACACAUGUAAAACCAGGUACUCCAUGUGCUGUAUACUCCCAGCAUUUGCUACACACACACACACACACACACACUGUAUAGUUCAGUCACUGCAUAUACAACUUGUGUAUGCCGAGGGUGUGUGUUUAUAAACGGUGGGUGCCACAUCUACUGUACAACACGAGUGUCUGUGGCUAGAAGUCACGAAUUACAUUUUCAGUGCAUGUCUGUGUACCUACAGUGUCAAAUCAAGUCACUUGAUAAAUGGCAUAUUGUGUGGAUGGCCGACAUUCCAUUCAUAAAGUGCGUAUGUAGCCCUGCUGCUUCAUGUGCCGUUUUUUGUGUGUUUCUUGUAGUAGUUGUUGUUCACACAGGCACUGAAGGUACUUGUGUGCUCCACAUUUUAUAGCUCCUGCAUUACAUAAGUGUGUAUGAAUCCAUGUUUGUGGGUGUAAUAAAUCAACAGUUACAUCUGUAGUCUGUGUGUGUGUGUGUGUGUUGAGUCACUGGGUAUUCGGUGUAUUAUUUCUACAGCCAGUGUUAUAUUUUCAAGGCCUGUUGUUGUGUAAGUGUGCAGUCCAGCCAUUGCAGGUACCGCAGGCGCAUGUGUACUGCAGCUGUAAACUGCAUAGUCGGGUCUUAUGUAUGUGAGAAUCCAAGUGGCAUUACAUAUCUAGAAUGUCUGUGUAUGGAUAUAAAAUUCUGUAACAUGACAGUUGCAUCUAUAGUGUGUGCGUGUGUGUACACCGCCAGCACAAGCUGUAUGUACGUUUAAGUGUUGGCAUUGCAUAAACAGUUGUAUGUGCAGCAGAGCAGUUGUGGCUGUUCAGUUUGAGUGUGUACGUGCAGUUCUGUCUCUCUAAACAGACGCACCUAUCAAUUCAGCGGCUGCCUGUACUGUGUGUGUGUGUGUGUGUGUGUGUGUGCACAGUCACUUUGACAACUUACCGUGUUUGUUCUUUCCUAUGCAUCUUUGAUUACAGGGACCAUUGAUAGCACACAGAGUGUGGGUAUACAGAGCAGCCAUUCCAGUUUUGUUGGUCCUUUUACUGUAUUUGUUAUGUCCGACCUCACACACCCCCAAACCCCCAAAAGUUGGUGGGCUGUAUUUUACUCCCAGUUUGACAAAAGUCCCAUUCACCAUCCCUGUCAGUUUGUCUACCCUAACGAGUCCCACCAGUGUCCAGUCACCUCACGGUUUCUCAGUGUUUAAAUGCUGGGACAUUCUCUGAGGAUUUUAAAGGAGACUCGUCAUCGUGACGUUGCCAUUCAUGCUGGUAGAUAGAUGGGCACUGCCAGCCUCCAUUGGGUCCUCAUGUCAGAAAGGUUCUCUCUGAUCGGGUGAUGGAUUUUAUAUGAGCACUCUUUGUUGUGCCAUCUUUUUUUAAACUUGUGACUGUCUGUCCUCGGAACGCUGUGGUCACCUCUGGCACACACUUGUGUCCAGUCUGUCUGUCGGUGGGCUUUACAUUUUAUUUUUGCACAUUUGUUAAAUGGCCAGUGGGUUAAAGAACACCAAUAAAAUUGUGUAUGGUGA